UUUUUUUGUUGAUAAUAUGAUAUUUGUAUUUGAUUUCCACUCAGAAAUAUGUUUUCCGAGUUGAUGAUUCAAUUGACGAGAAAUAAACUCCUUCAUUUUGACUGCAGUAGUCAUCGUUUGAGUUUCCUUUUUGCGUGUCGAAUAUGUCUCCGGUCGCAGGAGCUAAGAAGGAAGGAGGUGGUGGGGGCGGCAAGAAGGCCGCAGCAGCCCCAAGUGCAGGAGGCGCGAAGAAAGCAGCUCCAGCUGCAGCCAAGCCAGCCGCAGCAAAGGCGGCUGCAGCUCCGGCCAAGGCAGCCAGUGCGCCUGCAGCCACUAAGGCCGCACCAGCCGCCAAGGCCGCUCCAGCUGCUAAGGCUGCACCAGCUGCUAAGGCCGCUCCAGCUGCCAAGGCCGCACCAGCCGCUAAGGCCGCACAGCCGGCCAAGCCUGCGCAAGCCAAACCAGCCAAACAGCCUGCUGCAGCAGCCAAGGGUGAUGCUAAGCCACAAGGCAAGGCUGCCCCAGCUAAAGCGGCUGCAGCAAAGGCUGCACCAGCGGCACAGAAGGGAGGUGCGCCGGCCAAGGCAGCCGCCCCUGCAGCUGCCGCCGCAGCCAAGCGCCCAGCUACCGCAGCCGCAGCCGCCGCCCCCGCCAAGAAGCCAGCCGUGGGGGCCGCUGCCCCUGCCACGGCUCCGGCCGCCAAGAAGCCCGUGCCAGGCAAGAAGCCGGCCAACGCCCCCAAGAAGGCGGCGCUCACCGCCAAGAAACCAUCCAUAGGCAUCAAGAAACAGAGCGUCAGAGGCAAAGGACAGAAGAAGAAGAAAUCUUCCAAAUUCGUUAUCGACUGCACUCAUCCGUUUGAGGACAACAUUAUGGACGUUAGCAAUUUCGAAAAAUACCUUCAGGAGCGAAUCAAAGUUAACUACAAGACUAACAACUUUGGAAACUCAGUCAGUUUAGAAAGGAAUAAGAUGAAGGUUACAUUGACUGCUGAUAUUCCUUUUUCAAAAAGGUAUUUGAAAUAUCUAACAAAGAAAUAUCUGAAGAAGAACAACCUCCGUGAUUGGUUGAGAGUAGUUGCUGACGCAAAGGACUCGUACGAACUCAGAUACUUCCAGAUCAACAAUCAAGAUGAAGACGAGGACGAAGAAAACGAUUAAGUUUUAUCCAUUGUUUGAUUUACAUGAUUUUGUAUGUAAUAUACGUGGAAAAUAUUAAAUCGUUUUAUUUAUA